CGUCAUUCCUAUAGUACAAGCCCGUAGAUUCAGGAAGUUAAUAAACUUUACAAUGAACUGACAUGUCAUAUCAACAAUUGGAGAUUGUGGAUUAACAUUAGAAAAUCAUAACAUGUCAUGAUGCGAACAAUUAUCUUUGUUUUUAUAAGUGUUAUUUUAGAAUCAAGGGGAUAUGGGAAAAUUGUUGGAGAUUGUUCACCACAGGUGGACAUGCCAUGCACAUUACAUAAGCUGACUGGAAAUGAUUGUUCUCCUGUCAACCUGAGAACAGAAUUUCCAUUUUUCGAAACAAACACUGCGAAAUUUCCGGGGAAGCCUGGAUCCUUUGAUGCAGUGGGAAGUUAUCGAUAUUAUCCAACUUAUAACAGAUGGUAUCCGGAGGUCAACUUAACGUUUACGGCACCGCAAAAUACUGGGAAGAAUUAUGUUAAGGGUUUUGAAGUUACUCGUUAUGAUGCGUCAAGUAGUAAAAGACCCACUUGCUACAUACUAGAUCUAUCAAACGUAAUUUGGGAUGAAAACUCUGUGGCAGACAUGCAUACAAAGUUCAGACUGGACUUGUAUCCCCUAAAUCCAGCAGAUCCUAGAUAUUUUGCAUUUGAAGUAUAUGCUUUGCCGAAGCAGGAAAAUAGGGAGGACAGAUUUGACCAGUAUUUACAAAAGUUUAUUCAGUUUCCAGUCUAUAUACCAGUAAAUGAUAGAUCUCCAAGAAACUGGCUUGCAAUGAUAUAUUACACAAAAGACAGUAAUCUCGGAACUAUAAAUGUCACAAUAGAACAACCACCAGCUGAAUAUAAUUUCACCUUGUUUGAAUACAGUUUGGUUCAUAGUGGAUCUAUAGUGCCUUUCAUUCUGGAAAAAUCCAAAAAGACAUGGUACCAGUUCAAAAGAGUACCGACUGGGGUGUAUAAAAUUUGGGUGAAACCUGUGAAGGAUGAGGGCCACUGUCCAUGUAAAGAUGUAACUGGCCAAAUCUGUGAUCACUGCACGAAGACGAUGACAAAGAAUUUCUCCUUUAACUACAGCUUGUUUUAA